AUGACGUAUGAUACUGUAUAUGUCUAUUUAAUUCCAAAGGCGUCGGCAUCCCUUUCGUGCAGCAAACGAUCACCUGAUCUCAUAGCGUCUGUGCGACCCAACAAAGAAACGGACCGUGUUGGCUGGAACAAGAGCUGGGAGCGAGAUUUGGCAUUUUUCCCUGCUGGUUGGUGUCUGAUUCCAGUCUACCAAGGCAAGCCACAGGAAACUCUUCAAUAUCUUCGGCAAUCCUCCAUCCAUCUUCUGGAUGAAUUCAACUCCAAAACGCGAGAAAUUUGCACUCUUCAACGCGAUCUGGUCAAGGCUGUCGUACCCGCCUUUGCACACGACGAGUUCGAGGAAAAAUGGCGCGGGCUCACCCAAAAACGAAAGGAGGAGCUUGUCCUGGAAGGCUUGUACGUCACCUCUUGUGCUGGACCUGACAUGGAGAAUCGACGAUGGUUGUGCCCGGAGAUGACUGUGAAAGCACUCGCGGAAAAUAAUGACAAGGACUUUAUCCAGCUCUUGAAACUGCAUCUCCCCAAGGAUCAAGUUAAGGACGAUUUGACGGCCCCUAUAUAUCUCCCAAACGCCCAAUUUAAAAAAAUGAUGGAGACUGAUCCAAAUGACUACGGACUUCGUCGCUUGGUAGAAAUGAACCGUUUGGAGAGAGCGUACUUCAUCACGAUGACGUUAUGGAGCACUUUCAAUGCAUCUGUGCGUAGCAUUGUAGAGAUCCGCUGCACUCAGGAGAAAGCUCAAAUCGUCGUCUGUUAUAACUGCAAAAGAGACGAAGAAUCUCUGCGAAAACAAGGGAGGGAGCUUCUGGUCUGCGAAAAGUGCAAACCGAUCGGGCGUAUCAUCCCUUACUGUUCUCGGGACUGUCAAAUUGCCGACUGGAAAAGUGGUUUCCCCGUACCGCACAAGGAUAUAUGCGGCAAAAAAGGGUGCGAUGCUGACGAAGGUACACCGCAAUCAGAUCAAGUCGCCAUUUCUGGUGGAUUGGGAGACGCAGAUGGCGCAGAAAGAGAUACCGGAAUCCCAGCGCCGGAUCCUGCUUUCAAACAACCGCCUGCGCUUCUGCACCAAAUAUCUCUCCACACCGAGCCAGAUAGCUUUGUUGGCUAUGUCUUUGUCAGGCCAUAUCCUCAAGAUGAUCAUGGGGUCUCCCUGGGAUCUGGAGGUGGUGACCAAUAA